CAUACCCACAAAAAGCAAGAUCCAAGAAGAUUCAUCAUACAUAUAUCCAUGGACCAGUAUUCAUCGUCUUUGGUCGAUACUUCUUUAGAUCUCACUAUCGGUAUUACUCGUAUGCGAGUUGAAGAAGAUUCCAAGACAACUGCAUUGAUGGACGAAUUAAAAAGAGUGAAGGCUGACAACAAGAAGCUCUCAGAAAUGCUAACUUUGAUGAGUGAAAACUACAACGUCUUGAGGAAACAGCUGAUGGAAUAUGUUAACAAGAGCAACAAUACAGCUGAGAGAGACCAAACAAGUCCUCCCAAGAAACGCAAAUCUCCUGCGAGAGAUGACGCAGUAAGCUCAACGGUGAUGGGUGGAGUAUCGGAGAGUAGCUCUACGGAUCAAGAAGAUCAGUAUCUGUGUAAGAAGCAGAGAGAAGAGACUGUUGUGAAGGAGAAAGUCUCAAGGGUUUAUUACAAGACCGAAGCAUCUGACACUACCCUUGUAGUGAAAGAUGGGUAUCAAUGGAGGAAAUAUGGACAGAAAGUGACAAGAGACAAUCCAUCUCCAAGAGCUUACUUCAAAUGUGCUUGUGCUCCAAGCUGUUCUGUCAAAAAGAAGGUUCAGAGAAGUGUGGAGGAUCAGUCCGUGCUGGUAGCUACUUAUGAGGGUGAACAUAACCAUCCAAUGCCAGCACAUAUUGAUUCAAACAGUGGUUUAAACCGCUACAUCUCUCCUGGUGGUCCAGCCAAUGGAAGUAGUAACUUGGUUAAGCCUGUGACUACUACUGUUGAUCUGACUGAAUCCAAGAAAGUGAGGAGUCCAUCAAGAAUGGAUUUUCCAGAAGUUCAUAAACUUUUGGUGGAGCAAAUGGCUUCUUCCUUGACAAAAGAUCCUAACUUCACAGCAGCAUUAGCAGCAGCUGUUACAGGGAGAUUGUAUCAACAGAAUCAAACCGACAACAGCUAG